GUAGGACCCCUCGCUGCACUGCAUUGUGUGUUGUUGAUGCGAUGACAUGAGUUUAGGUUAAAAAGACUUGGAAAAUGAGUGAUUCUCCAGCCGAAUUCAGAAGGGUUUUGUCCUCGGGUCGAAACUCCAGAGAGCUAGAUCGGGAUUCUCAGUCGUCUAUGGAGGGUGCCGUCAUGACGAAGUCCGGAAUGAGGGUUUAUAAGAUUGUUUUGUUGGGCCAAGGCGGCGUGGGCAAAAGUGCUUUGACGCUACAGUUUGUGACGCACAGUUUUCUCGAGUAUCAUGAUCCCACGAUAGAGGAUGCAUAUCAGCAGCAAGCUGUGAUUGAUGGAGAGGUUGGGUUGUUGGACAUACUGGAUACAGCCGGACAAGCGGAGUUUACAGCCAUGCGAGACCAGUACAUGCGAGGCGGCGAGGGUUUCAUCAUCUGCUACUCCAUCACCGACCGCCGCAGCUUCCUGGAAGCGUCCGAGUUCAAGAAAGUCAUCGAGCGCGUGCGGAACACCGAUGAGGUGCCCGUCGUUCUGGUCGGCAACAAGUACGACUUGGAGCACAAACGUGCGGUCACGACAGAGGAAGGCCAGGCCUUAGCCCGGGAAUUCAGCUGCCCGUUUUUCGAGACCUCCGCAGCCUUGCGGCAUUUUGUGGACGACGUCUUCUACACGUUGGUCCGAGAGAUUCGAAUGAAGGAGAAGAACGACAUUCUCGCCCUGGAGAAGAGGUUUAAGAAGAAGGACAAGUCUAUCAAGCUGCAGAAUCUCGUCCGAAAGGUCUUCAGGAAAAAGAGCAACACCACGUUAUGAGUCCACCGUCCCUGAGAACAAAUUGCGGACAGUUGGUGAAUCUUGCCCUGAGACUUUCAAACAAUGUGAGUUCUCUUGAACAGCGAGAUCACUAGGCCAGAAAUUUGCCAGUUCGUGGGUUCCACCCGAAGCGACCCAAUCUUCCGCCAUUAGCUAUACAAGCUGCUAGCUAUCGCACUACACCGUCAAUCUGCAGUUCCGUUUUGUAACGUGUAGUUGGAGACAGUUCUUAAACCAAGGACAUGAUGUGCUGAUCGUGUGUCCUACCCAAGUUGGGAACGCGCGAGAUACAAGUUCCAAAAUCACCUCCGUGAACUUGCCAGAUAUAGUGAACAAAAGCAGUUCUUGCACCGUGCAAACGUCUGAAUGACAUAGACUGAAUGUAGCAACUUAGCUGAACCACCGCACCAAACUUGGCCGACAUUGAGUCUGUCUUCGUCUUUUCUGAUAGUCAGAAUUUGAGAUAUUAGUUUCGGCCCCUCUUUUUUUGUAUGCGGACAUGUCACACUGCUUCACUAGUUAUGGUAACUCCAACGGACCUGUUUGCACAUUUUGCACUUAAGAUGUAUUUGCACUUGAUUUGCCAAUUGUUAACACUCUGUUCACAAAAUUCAGUUGAAGUGCUAAAAUAAGUAUCAGCGUUUGUUUACCCGAUAAUUAUCUUUGCACAAUGUGUAGAGUUUUUACAAAAACAUUGAGUCACUUGCAAGAACAUUGAUUGCACAAGCAUUGUAAUUAUAGGGUAAAGUCUAUUUGGAACAGAAUUAUUUAUUCUAAGAACCCUGCCAACAUUAUUCAGAUAAUCAAGAAAGUUAUUUGUUGCUGCCAUCUUGGUCUUGUCCCCAGAAGCUUCUGCACAAAUGCAUACGAACCACAUCUUCUUGUCACAGUUACCAGACUAAUUUGUCAGCAGUCACAAAAAAAAGAAUUGAACCAAAUGGCCACAGAACUUUAAUUUCCAUUGCUUCUUAUGAUUCUUGGCAGUUCCAAAAAGUUUCAGGAAGUCUAUUUCAAGAAAUCUUUUUACCAAUUUUAAGUUUGAAAUCGUCACAAAACAAACAUAAGGCAUUCAUGCUGCAUACAUAGUGCUACAGUUGUAACAAUUGUACACCAUCAAAAUCUGCGUUUAGAUUUCUAAAAAUGUAAAAAAAAACAAAAUUGUGAAUGGAUUUAAAUUUGUUUAAUGCUGCAGUGAAAUUCUGAUAUUUCGUUUUAAAAUGCAUAAAUUAUUUGUUUUCUAGGAUUUUUUUUAGUGCCAAAAUACACUAAUUUAUUGGAGAAAUUGUUUCCCCAGUGAUAAUGUGGGGUGAUGUUUGAGUGAACGUUGGUGUAAAAAAGCAUUGAGUGAAAAAAACAAAAACCUGUUUAUACCAAAAUUUUGAAAAUGAUUCUGUAGUGGUUACUUGAAUAAAAAUUGACACAUCUUUUAAUAUUUCAAUGAAAAACCAAAACUGCCUUUGCCUCCCACUUUAAUUAUAACUCCACCCAGUUUGAAAACAAACUAUUUAUUAAAAAGAGCUCUCAUAAAUCUCAUAGAAUGAAAAGUAGACAUUUGUGGGCUGAAAUCUAACUGUAUCCAUUCAUAUGUCUUUCACUUUCAAAUAUAAAGUUAAGUUGAAAGUUGAGAAUUUUUUUCUUAUAAUAACGUGAAAUGUGGAAAAAGCCAUUUCUUUUUAUUGGGGUUUCCCAUUUUUUACAAAGCGAUUUCCCCCCAAACAGUUUUUAUUGAAUGAACUUUAAAAUAAUCAAUACUUAUUUUAACAAAUGCGAGCAUUUCUAAAAUCCAUCUGCCAUUUCUUUGCGUAUUUGAAGGCCAAAAUGUAAAGAAUCAACAUGACAGCCACUACCAUCUAUCUCCAAUUUAAAGGAUUGUACAGUGCACAUUAUUUUAUUAUUUAAUUAUACAAAGUGUGUGAACUUUGUCAUUUUUUUUGUAUUUUGUACAGAAAAACAAAACAACUGUAUAUUAAAAUAUUUUCUGUCAAAUAAUGUGUUAUAUGUGUAUAAAUGAAACUGUACAUAAUGUGAAUAAUACCAAAAAGUAAGAAUUGUUAAUACAAUUGCUGUUUAUAGUUGAGAUAAUUUUCAAGUUCUGUUUUUAUCUUAAAAUUUGGAAGUUUUAAUUCUUGUUUGAUGCACUUAUAUACAGUGUUGAUUUCGUUAGUGUUGUUCCCCAAUCAAAUUUAAAUUAUAUCCAGUUUGUAAUAUACAGGAAGUUUUUGCGAACAACCAAAACACAAUUUGGUCAAGAAAUGUGUAAUUAUUUCUAAUUUUUACAAAGAUAACAUGACAUUUUUCUCAAUCAAAAUGAAAAAAAUCUUAAUAGGCUAUGUAAAAACGUGUUCUUAUCCGACUGUUUAAUACAACGUGAAUUUAAUGAAGAACCAUUUUUUAUCCUGAAAAAAAUCCCUUCAAUGAAAUUUUGUAUGCUGAUAUUAUUUUAGAAUGGGAUUGGAAAAUUAAAUUCAGAUCUCGAAGAUAAUGGA